AUUUUCCAUAUAACAAACUCUCUUUAUUAUCUCUGCUUUCUAUAUCUAAAGCAAAAAAGCAAUAACAAUGGCAAUUCCACUCUCACUUUCAAUCUUUUUCUUCCUACUUUCUGCAGCUCCGAGCUACAUUUCGUCUUCUCCGGUUCAAGAUCCCGAAUUGGUAGUUGAAGAAGUACAUAGGAGCAUUAAUGCAUCAAGGAGAAAAUUAGGGUAUCUUUCUUGCGGAACAGGCAAUCCGAUCGACGAUUGUUGGCGGUGCGACAAAAAUUGGGAAAAGAACAGGCAAAGACUAGCAGAUUGCGCGAUUGGAUUUGGUAAACACGCCAUUGGUGGAAGAGACGGUAAAAUAUACGUCGUUACACAGUCAGGCAACGAUGAUCCCGUAAACCCUAAACCGGGAACUUUACGACACGCGGUUAUUCAAGAAGAGCCAUUAUGGAUAAUAUUCAGCCGUGACAUGGUGAUUAGGUUAAAAGAAGAGUUGAUUAUGAAUUCAUUUAAAACAAUUGAUGGAAGAGGGGCUAGUGUACAUAUUGCAGGCGGUCCAUGUAUUACAAUACAAUAUGUGACAAAUAUUAUAAUACAUGGUAUUAAUGUUCAUGACUGUAAGAGAGGGGGAAAUGCUUAUGUGAGGGACUCUCCAGGGCAUUAUGGGUGGAGAACUAUAUCGGACGGUGAUGGUGUAUCCAUCUUUGGAGGCAGUCAUGUUUGGGUUGAUCAUUGUUCUUUAUCCAAUUGCAAUGACGGUUUGAUUGAUGCGAUUCAUGGUUCGACCGGGAUUACUAUAUCUAAUAAUUAUAUGACUCAUCAUAAUAAGGUUAUGCUUUUGGGUCAUAGUGAUAGUUUUACUCAAGAUAAGAAUAUGCAGGUUACUAUUGCUUUUAACCAUUUUGGAGAAGGGCUUGUUCAGAGAAUGCCAAGAUGUAGACAUGGAUAUUUCCAUGUGGUGAACAAUGACUACACACAUUGGGAAAUGUAUGCAAUUGGUGGCAGUGCUAAUCCCACAAUAAAUAGUCAAGGCAACAGAUUUCUUGCUCCCAAUGACAGAUUUAACAAAGAGGUGACGAAACAUGAGGAUGCACCACAGAGUCAGUGGAAAAACUGGAAUUGGAGAUCAGAAGGAGAUUUAUAUUUAAAUGGUGCAUUUUUUACAGCAUCUGGUUUUGGAGCUUCUUCAAGUUAUGCAAGAGCAUCAAGCUUAGGUGCUAGACCAUCUUCUCUGGUUGGUUCGAUUACAUCAGGAGCCGGUUCACUUUUUUGCAAGAAGGGUUCACGUUGCUGAUUAAUUAGUGGUUUUGCUUAGAAGCCCAAGUUUGAUUAGCAAUUAUAUAUGGUUAAGAAUAAUAAUAAAAAAUAAUGUCAAUUGUAAGUAAUUACAAGGGUAUUAUUAGGAUUAGUAUUAUACUAUUUAUGUUCUAUAUACUAUUGACAUUGGUGGUUAAAAUUGUAAAGUGUGAUUAUAUUGAAGAAUGACCAUCAUGUGCAUCUAAAUUAGAUAUAUAUGAGAUAGAAGCUAAUGGAGAAAAUCAUUAUUGUAACUCAUUGUACUUUUAUUACAAGCUUUUUAUAUAGAAUCAAGAAAAUGUUCAGAUUA